AUGUCAGGCCGUGUAUUAGAUUUCUUCAAGCCCUUUGAGGCGUAUCUACCGGACGUGAUCGCACCUCAGAGGAAAGUUCCCUACAACCAGAAGUUGAUAUGGACAGGUGUAUCACUAUUGAUCUUUUUGGUUUUAGGUCAAAUUCCUCUUUAUGGUAUUGUCUCUAGUGAAACUAGUGAUCCUCUAUACUGGUUACGUGCCAUGUUGGCAUCAAAUCGUGGUACUUUGAUGGAACUUGGUGUUUCGCCAAUUAUUACUUCAUCAAUGAUCUUCCAAUUUUUGCAAGGUACUCAAAUCUUGCAAGUUGAUAUGCAAAAUAAACAAGACCGUGAUUUGUUCCAAAUUGCUCAAAAAGUUUGUGCAAUUAUUUUAACUUUUGGACAAGCUGUUGUCGUUGUGCUUACUGGUAAUUACGGUAGACCUAAAGACUUGGGUAUUGCCAUUUCUCUACUUCUAAUUUUCCAAUUGAUGUUUGCUUCUUUUGUUGUGCUUCUUUUGGAUGAAUUGCUGUCUAAAGGCUACGGGUUGGGUUCUGGUAUUUCUCUUUUCACUGCUACGAACAUUGCUGAACAAAGUUUCUGGAAGGCAUUCGCUCCAACCACUACCAAUUCUGGUAGAGGUAAGGAAUUUGAUGGUGCUGUGAUUGCCUUUUUCCAUUUGUUUGCGGUUAGAAAAGAUAAAAAGAGAGCUCUUGUGGAAGCAUUUUACAGAUCAAACGCUCCAAACAUGUUCCAAGUUGUUGCCACGGUGUUUGUGUUUUUGUUUGUCUUAUACUUACAAGGGUUCCGUUACGAAUUGCCAAUUAGAUCAACAAAGAUUAGAGGUCAAAUAGGUACCUACCCAAUUAAAUUGUUCUACACCUCUAACACUCCCAUCAUGUUGCAAACCGCUCUUACUUCCAACAUCUUUUUGAUCUCUCAAAUCUUAUACCAAAGAUUCCCUUCAAGUCCAAUCACCCGUUUAUUAGGUGUCUGGGGUAUUAAACCAGGUUCUCUAGGUCCACAACAAGCUUUAAGCGGUCUAUCAUACUACAUUCAACCACCAACUUCUUACAAGGAAAUCGUUUUGGACCCAAUUAAGUCUGUUGUCUACGUUUCCUUCGUCUUAGGAGCUUGUGCCCUUUUCUCCAAAACUUGGAUCGAAAUCUCUGGUACUUCUCCUCGUGACGUCGCUAAACAAUUCAAAGAACAGGGUAUGGUUAUCAAUGGUAUGAGAGAAACUAGUGUCUACAGAGAAUUGAAGAAGAUUAUCCCUAUCGCUGCUGCAUUUGGUGGUGCCACCAUCGGUGCCCUAUCCGUCUGUUCUGAUGUUUUAGGUACUUUAGGUUCAGGUACUUCCAUCUUGAUGGCAACUACUACCAUCUACGGUUAUUACGAAAUGGCCGCUAAAGAAGGUGGCUUCUCUAAAAGCUUGGUCCCUGGUUUCUCUGAACUGAUGUAA